AUGGGUGGUUCAGACAAAAGAAAAAAGAAGUUUACGGUGCAGGGGAGGGACACCCCAGUACCCGUCGGUGUGGUUGGUGAGCGAGCAGGUCACCCCCGACGGUUAUCUGUCGACUGCAAGGCAUCCGCAGGGGAGGUGGACCCCAGGCCUCCCUUGUCGGAACCUACGUCUGGGAAGAAAGACGAAUGUUUAGGGGAGAAUCGUGAUACUCUCCAUAAAGCGGGUCCCAGCUCUUGCACGAGCUUAGCGAACAGGCGGUCUCAACACGGGUCCAUAAGGAGGAAGAACGCCUUGGACCUAAAACUGGACAGAGACUUUCCACCUUUGACCCCUGUUGAAAGGGACAUCGAGAUAGGGUCUGAAGAUCCUGGAAGUGGGACGAAUCUUGACGGUGAGCUUGUCUCACCUUCGGUGAGCUAUAUAAAAGCUUCAGGAGAGAACUUUAUAGUAAGGGAGGAUGUCUUGAAAGGUUCUGGCGAGGAACAGUCUGUGUUUGAGGGGAAAGAGAAAGAUACAAAAUCGGUUGGCCAUCAGAAAACCAUACAGUUGGACCUGAUAAUGAUCUACGAUUUCAUCAUAGAAAAGCUGGCGAUCUUCCGACAUAUACUGGAGAAAAUUUGUGACGCAAAUAAACAAAUUUAUGAUUAUACCCGGAAUGACAAUACUCGGAAUAUUGCGAGUCUCAAGAAAAGUAGCGAGACCAUUCGAAAUCAAAUGAAAGUAAUGGAUGUCGCCGUGCAGGAGAUCAUGAACCUGAGUACCGAGAUUUGGAAGAUUUAUUCUACCGGCAACUUGGUGAAAUUUGUACUGCAUAAUAGCGACGCUGACGCGUAUUUUCUUGCCCAAGUUAAGAAAGCUAUGGUUAGAAAUGCGGCAGUCCAGACUAUGGCAAAGAGGUUAGAGAGAACCGACAUGUGUAUACAAACUGAUGAAGCGUUUUGUGUACACAUGGUGGACAAGACCGAUGGAGAACCGAGGGAGGAAUCUAAACCCCAAAAGGAGAAGGAGAGUCUUUUUCUCACGGAAACCGUCUUCAAAAAGAAGAAAGAUCCUGUGAAAAAACCUCAAAAAGAUGAGAACCCUGUGCAGGGGAAAGGUGCUCAGGGGAAAUAUAUGCCUCUAAGGACCGAGAACGCGGAGACUCAAAGUCCGCUAAAUCUGCGGAAUGAGAAGUCGGAGCUUGGCAAACGCAGCGAUACUUUGCUGCCUCAGUUGGACACGGUAUACAUCGAAGUUUCGAAGUCGCGGAAAAAGAUGAAAACGGCGCAAGCUUCGAUUGCAGCUUUUCCCCUGCGUAGAGCGCAGGAAACGAAUGAGAAGCCUCUCUUGAAGAGAAAAAACGAGGCGAUUAUGGUUAAGGUCCAGAAGGAAGCGGACUUUAAAAAUAUCUAUAGGCAGGUGCUUGAUAAAGCCAAGGAUAUUCUACGUGGCACACUCAGAGUACGGAAAACUCGGGAGGGCCACGUUCUCUUUGAGUUGAACAAGGAGAGCCAAUCUCAGAAGAUAGCGGAAGAAGUUAAAACGGCUAUAGGCGAUACGUUUCAGGUGAACGCUUUGCGUUCCAUCACUACCUUAGAAGUGAGAAAUUUAGAUCCAUUCGUGGAGAAGGAAGAUGUUCAGAGAAGCUUCUCCGAGGCCUUUGGCAUUACCUCUGUGCAGGAGGUGAAGGUCAAGAGCUUGUACUCGACGUACACAGGGACCUUGCGGGGAAUUAUUGAAGUUCCAAAUGCGCUUUUACCGCGCAACAUAGACGGUUGCCGAUUCAGGACCGGUUUUAAUUCCGCUGUAGUAAAGGUGCUGCCCAAUGUGGUGAGGUGUUUCAGAUGCCACAAUUUCGGGCACAUUAGCUAUGUUUGUAAAGAGCUAAGUAGCGGCCAGGAGAGAUGUAGAAGAUGCGGCAGUUUUGAGCACCGCAUCGUGCAAUGCAAGCAGGAAACUAGAUGUUUCCUAUGUACAGAAAAAGGCAUGAAAGGCCACAAGGUGAAGCAUGUAGCAGGAUCUCAGAUUUGUCCUUGCUACAAAAGUGUGCUACAAGAAGCAAGAGCUGGGAGCCAGAGAUAA